GGAAAUCUCAGUAUGCUGCGUGCUCUGGUAGCGUGAACAGUUGGUCCAAUUGACAAUUGAAAAUCGAGAGUGCUGAGAAAAUCGAAAGAGGAAAUCGAGAUGUACUGCGAGUGGAACCAGUUGGCCGUUCAGAAAGAACCGCCAGAGGUACUUCGAACUAAGCUGCAGCUACCGGUAAAAACUUUAAUGGGACCCGGGCCGACUAAUUGCUCGAAGCGAGUUCUUCAAUCCCUUCAGCAUCAAGUUAUUGGUCAUCUUCAUUCGGAAUUUUGUCAGGUAAUGGACGAAAUUAAGGCUGGUCUUCAGUACGUUUUUCAAACAAAAAACAGUCUGACUUUGGUGUUAAGUGGGUCAGGUCAUGGCGGUAUGGAGGCGUGUUUAGUAAAUUUACUUGAACCAGAUGAUACUAUACUGAUCGUGAAGUGUGGGAUUUGGGGUGAACGUGCGGUUGAUAUGGCGACACGAAUUGGGGCAAAUGUGAAAAUAAUGAAAACGGAACAUAAUAAGGCUGUCACAUUGGAAGAAAUGAAAAUAGCCUUAGACCUCUACAGACCAAUGGCGGUUUUUAUGGUUCAGGCUGAAUCUUCCACAGGCUUGAAACAACCACUGGAAGGUUUCGGAGAACUUGUUCACAGAUACAAUGCUCUUCUUAUCGUCGACGUAGUUGCGUCACUGUGCGGCGAGCCGUUCUUUAUGGAUUCUUGGGGCGUAGAUGCAGCUUACGCAGGCAGCCAGAAAGGUCUCGGCGCCCCUCCAGGACUCGCUCCUAUUUCGUUUAGUCCACUGGCUGAGCAAAAACUAUUCCGAAGGAAGAGCAAACCGAUCUCGUUCUAUUGGGAUCUGACUGUUCUCGGUGUUUACUGGAAAUGUUUCGGAAACGUGGAACGUGUAUAUCAUCACACAAUGAGUUCUACACUUCUUUUCGGACUUCGCGAAGCAUUGGCCGAAGUUGCGGAAGAGGGACUUCAAGCAUUGUGGAUCAGACAUGCUGGUGCAGCUGUCAGAUUAAGAAAGGGUCUUGAAUUACGGGGCAUUCAAUGUUACGUGAAAAUUCCACAGUAUCAAUUAUCGACUGUGAUCUCUAUAGUGGUGCCACCUGGCGUCGAUGACAGGAUCGUUGUGCAACGAGCCAUGGAGAAGUACAAAGUUGAAAUCAGUAGAGGUUUGGGACCAACUGUGGGAAAAGUACUUCGAAUUGGAUUGUUAGGAAUUAACGCUACACCUAAAAAAGUCGAUUUGGUGUUACGUGCUUUAGACGAGGGUUUAAAGCAAGCUUCAACGUCAAAACUGUAAAAAAAAUGAG